AUGUCGUUAGCAAAUAUCAGGAGAGCCAACGAAGUUGAGAAACAAACAACCUAUGUAUACCAGCCCCCUAGUCAUCGCCUUCUCUACCGCGGAUCUCUUCUCAUCGAGAACUCAUCCCUUCUUCUCGACGGUCUCAGUCUCAGCGUACCCCUUGGAGAGGCGGCCAAAUUUGUUAAUGCCAAUCUCAUCGACAAUCCCCUGGCCUUGGCGCUAGAAAGCAUGAGGGGACGAAGCUUGCUCCUUCUCGGGGAUGCACAACCACAAGAUAUGUAUUUGGACCGUGCCGGAGAGGUCAAUGUAGACAUACACCCUGACGCUGUGAUCACUAGGCUGUACUUCGAGAACCAGCUCUGUUCUCGUCCAAUCACUUCUCCUAGUGGCAUCACAGGAGGUGCGAUUAGAAUUGCUCUUGGAGAUCCAGAUAACCCAGAGACGUCAGAGGUCCUUGUUUACGGCCAACUAACUCCUUCAUCCAUGUCGCCAACGCCCGUUGCUUCAAGCUCUGCCUCUACACUCGACCAGCACGUGCCAGGUGUAGCAUCGCCCCCGGUCCUUCGUCUACUCGCAGCACGCAUUCUUCCCGAUCCUCCCCAGACACCCUCCGUCCGUCUGCCUAGGCCUGACGACCCUUCACCUCGAAUGCCCCCUCCUUCCCUUAUCUACCCCGGAAAACAUCCGGCAGGCGAUGAUGAUCCUCGCGGUUCCUCUACAAAACGCCGAAAAAAUAGUAAUGACCCGAGCGAGAAAGCAAAGGGCAAAGCCAAGGCAACGCUAGACGACGAGGAGAUCAUAAGGCAUGCAAGAGAGAUGCGAAUACCUAAAGGCAGUGGGGGGGCUGCGAUGUCAAACACUACGACUAUAGCCCAGGGCGUUAACGGCAAAGCGAAAGCGAAGACUGUAGAAUUCAAAAUACCUCCUUUACCUCUCGAAGUGAGAGGAGAGACGUCGAACAUCGUGAGGGAGCUUGAGAAGGCCAACAAAGGGGUCAUCAAGAAAGCGUCCAUCGACUGUGUCUUGGCGUGUGGUAUCGGAAAGACACACCCGGAAUGGAAGGAAUUAUGGGGAUUCAUAUAUCGCGGUACCGAAUUUGCUCUGGUGAAAAACACAGAGUACAAAGUCCACUAUGCUGCUCUCGAAACCAGAGCGCAAGAUCUGUCUCGCUCUGCCCUCGUCUAUCCGUAUGGACCGACACAGGAAUUUCCUAAGUACCCUAUCUUACUUCCGUUAGACCCGCAGGAGUUCGACCAAUUUCUGUCUUUUUUCUACAUGCCCGGACCCAGAGCUCUCAACCCUCUUGGACCCCUUGAGUGGCUCCGGCUGUUCUACUUCGCCAAAGCCUGGAAUUUCCCUUCGGUCAUGGAGACUGCCAUCCACUGUUUUGAAGCUCUGGCCUUACCUCUCGAUAAGAUUACGUACGGACACCAAUAUGGUGUGGAAGAGUGGUAUAUGUCCGGUUAUAAGUAUCUGUGCUUGAGGCCUGACCCUCUCUUGCCCGGAGAGAUCGCCCAAUUAACCUCUCACGAUACGGCUCUCAUCGCGAGGAUUCGCGAGGAGCGCAUGCGAGGCGGCCCAGGCUCAGAUCGUCUCACUGACCCAGAGACUCUGAGCAGAUACAUACGAGCGAACCUGACACCUUGCACUGUUCAGCAUCUUCAACGCGUUCGGGGUGAUAUUUCUGACGUCGAGAGGGACGAGAUCGAUGAGACCGAUAAUAACAGUGACAGCGAAGUCGAUGAGAUUGAUCCGGAAUCAGAGGCGGAGUAG